CAGGCCCAGUGCCUCUCCCGUCGGGGCGGGACCAACAUCUGGCCCAGGAGGCACAACCAGGCGGCAGCGGAUACAAGGCCAGGCGGCGGCGGGCGGGCGGACCUGCGCCCUGAGCCUUUCUGCGCCCGCGGGCACCAUGAGCGGCCGAGUCGGGGACCUGAGCCCCCAGCAGCAGGAAGCGCUGGCCAGGGCUGGAGUGUAAUGGCGCAAUCUCGGCUCACUGCAACCUCCACCUCCUGAGUUCAAGCGAUUCUCCUGCCUCAGCCUCUCAAGUAGCUGGGGCUACAGAUGCCCGCCACCACACCCGACUAAUUUUUGUAUUUUUAGUAGAGACGGGGUUUCACCAUAUUGGCCAGGCAGGUCUCUUGGCCAGGCUGGUCUCGAACUCCUGACCUUGUGAUCCCAAAGUGCUGGGAUUACAGGUGUGAGCCACUGCGCCUGGCCUCAUAUUUCUAAUCCCAAAUUUGGAUUCACAGAUUCACCUUCAAACCCAGCCUUUGCCUUCAGCUCUGUUGGUCCCCAGGGAAGUGAGAUCUCCUCUCUCUCAGACCCAACAGAUGCCCUGAUAAGGCAUUCCUGGCUUCUCUUUCAGCCCCUGUCUGUUGACCUCUGCCUCUGUUUUUUUUCCACAAAGCCUCCAUUGUCCGGGGCAUCAGGCAGUCCACGCUGGCUGAGUGCUCACAUAUAUCUGACACCUGCUCAGAGCCAAGCCUGCUAAGCGUUUUACGUGCACAGACUCCUUUGAUUGGCACAAGUUUAUUUUUAUCCCCAUUUCAGAGAUAAGGAAACUGAGGCUUAGAGAGGUUUGGUAACUUGCCUCUAAAUCUAAACCCCCAAGAUGCAGUAUCAGGGACAACAUUCCUAAAACCGCCUAGCUGGCCUGCAUCAGACUCUCCCAGGGAUCCUUGUAGAAAUAAGGCUGUCAGUCGGGCAUGGUGGCUCACGCCUGUGAUCCCAGUACUUUGGGAUGCCAAGGCGGGCGGAUUGUUUGAGCCAAGGAGUUUGAGACCAGCCUGGGCAACAUAGCAAGAUCCCAUCUCUACAAAAAGUACAAAAAUUAGCUGGGCAUCUUGUGUGCCUGUGGUCCCAGCUACUUGGGAGUCUGAGCUGGGAGGAUCUAUUGAACCCGGGAGGCACGGGUUGCAGUGAGCCAAGAUCACGCAACUACGCUCCAGCUUGGGCGAUAGAGUGAGAUCCUGUUUCAAUAGUAAUAAUAAUAAUAAUAUAAAAAUAAUAAUAAAAUAAAAAUUAAAAAUAAGGAUGCCAGGGCCCCACCUUAGACAUGUAGAAUGGGAGUCCAGUGUGUAGGGCACUCCCAAAUUUUGGGAAGGACCCAACUCUUUUUCCUAUGUUGGGCUGGAGGGUGCCCUAUUUUCAGAUGGCAAAGUCGUUCAGGGCAGCACCCUGCAUGGUCUUCUGGUGGAGUUGACUGGUGGAUGAUGUGGGAAGGGUUAGGGGCGGGGUUGGUGGCCCCCGAGGUCAUGAGAGCUCCGCCGACCAUCAGAUCCUCCUCCGCUCAGUUCCGGGAGAACCUCCAGGACCUGCUGCCCAUACUGCCCAAUGCUGAUGACUACUUCCUCCUGCGCUGGCUGCGAGCUCGAAACUUUGACCUGCAGAAAUCCGAAGACAUGCUCCGAAGGCACAUGGAGUUCCGGAAGCAACAAGACCUGGACAACAUUGUCACAUGGCAGCCCCCUGAGGUCAUCCAGCUGUAUGACUCGGGUGGUCUUUGUGGCUACGACUACGAAGGCUGCCCUGUGUACUUCAACAUCAUUGGGUGCCUCGACCCCAAGGGUCUCCUGCUGUCAGCCUCCAAGCAGGAUAUGAUCCGGAAGCGCAUCAAGGUCUGUGAGCUGCUGUUGCAUGAGUGUGAGCUGCAGACUCAGCAGCAGCUGGGCAGGAAGAUCGAGAUGGCGCUGAUGGUGUUUGACAUGGAGGGGCUGAGCCUGAAACACCUGUGGAAGCCAGCUGUGGAGGUCUACCAGCAGUUUUUUAGCAUCCUGGAAGCAAAUUAUCCUGAGACUCUGAAGAAUUUAAUUGUUAUUCGAGCCCCAAAACUGUUCCCCGUGGCCUUCAACUUGGUCAAGUCGUUCAUGAGUGAGGAGACACGCAGGAAGAUUGUGAUUCUGGGAGACAACUGGAAGCAGGAGCUGACAAAAUUCAUCAGCCCCGACCAGCUGCCCGUGGAGUUUGGGGGGACCAUGACUGACCCCGAUGGCAACCCCAAGUGCCUGACCAAGAUCAACUACGGGGGUGAGGUGCCCAAGAGCUACUACCUGUGCGAGCAGGUGAGGCUACAGUAUGAGCACACGAAGUCCGUGGGCCGCGGCUCCUCCCUGCAGGUGGAGAACGAGAUCCUGUUCCCGGGCUGUGUGCUCAGGUGGCAGUUUGCCUCAGAUGGUGGGGACAUCGGCUUUGGGGUUUUCCUGAAGACCAAGAUGGGGGAGCGGCAGAGUGCUAGGGAGAUGACAGAGGUGCUGCCCAGCCAGCGCUACAAUGCCCACAUGGUGCCUGAGGAUGGGAGCCUCACCUGCCUCCAGGCUGGCGUCUAUGUCCUGCGCUUCGACAACACCUACAGCCGGAUGCAUGCCAAGAAGCUCAGCUACACUGUGGAGGUGCUGCUUCCCGACAAGGCCUCUGAGGAGACGCUGCAGAGUCUCAAGGCGAUGAGACCCUCCCCAACACAGUGAAGACCCCAGCCACCUCUACCUGUGCGCUCCAACCCCUUCACACCCACCCCUCUGACCCCUGCCUUCCCAGGCAGGGUGGUGCUGAAGGUGGCUGCAGAGAGCCACUUGUCCCACGUCACCAUUUCAUCUCAUUGUAGGCUCACCUGGCACAGUGGCCAAGCAGGAAGGGGCCACAAGUGCAUAGCCCAUGCUGAAGAUUCAGACAGGAACCUCUUUCCCUGUUCCCAGAGAAUGCGGCUGAGAAUGAGAACGCUGAAGAUGAUCCAGUCCACUGAGGAUGGGUCCUGCUUGCAGAAGCUGCCCUUUCACCCAUCUUGACAAGAUCCAGCCACCCAGGACUCACCCAUGCCUGGUGUUCCAGCUUCAGGGGGUGUGCGUGGUUCCCAGGUCCUGUGGACAUCACAGCUUCAGGCCUGAAGAGCAGAGAAGCCCCAUUCUCUGCAUGUAGGAGGUCAGCAGGGGUGGGCAGGCCCAGCUGGAGGCAGCUGGGUGAGGGUCCUGGUUCCUGCAGAGCACUGGGGCCCAUCCAAGUUUGUUCUGCCACCACUGGAUGGAAAAUUGGAAAUGGACUGGGCGUGGUGGCUCAUGCCUAUAAUCCCAGCAGUUUGGGAGGCUGAGUUGGGCAGAUCACCUGAGGUCAGGAGUUCGGGACCAGCCUGGGCAACAUGGUGAAACCCUGUCUCUACUAAAAAUACAAAAAUUAGCCGGGCAUGGUGGUGUGCGCCUGUAAUCCCAGCUACUCAGGAGGCUGAGGCAGGAGAAUCGCUUGUACCCAGGAGGCGGAGGUUGUAGUGAGCUGAGAUCGUGCCACUGCACUCCAGCCUGGGCAACAGAGCCAGACUCCGUCUCUAAACAAACAAACAAACAAAUAAAUAAAGAACAUUGGACAUGGAGAGGUGGGGCCUGGCAUGGGUAACCAUCAGAGGAAAAAGCCAUGCUCAGCCUUCCAGUUGAGUGGGUAACGACUGAGUCUCCAGGGAAUUCCCAGUGACCUCCCCUCCACACCUGCUGUGAUCCUGCCAACAUUUAGCUUUGGUUCUCUGGGCAGCUGCACCAUUCAUGAGUACAUAUACGUAGAGUCUGAACAGGUGCUCUGCUGCUAGAAACAGUAAACCAUCUAGAUUAAACUCCUAAAGCCAGUGCCACGAGGCAUUCCUGUUCCAACUGGGUGUUUGAGCAGGUUGGCAAAAAAAAAAAAGGCUGUGCUGGCUCCAAGGAGAUGGCCUGGGCUGUCGGGCAAGAGUCACAGGACAUCCCCAUGUCCAGGGGCUGCCUCUGCAUCGGAGAUGUGAUAGGCAUCCCCACUACCCUGUUGCACUGCGUGGCCACGCUGUCUGCUGCUUCCCCAGAUGCAGUGAUAUUUGGAGUGCCCAGAGGCACUUGGGCUUCCAUGGCAGGCUGUGGCCAACUGGAGCUGGGAGGACCCUGUGCUAAAUUUCACAAGGCCCACCGGUUGUCAUGAUGGGGGAUUGUAAUGCCUCACUUCAGCUUUGACAUCCUCUGCCUUGAUGUCCUCUGCCUAAAAACCAGGGGUUCCUAGACUUGAACUCUGAUUCUUGCCCGUGUAACUACCUACAGCCGAUUUUCCAUCAGCACAGCCUUGUCUGGUUUCCUUGCAGGUAGCAAGGAUUGCUCUGCCCCAUGCACAAGUGUUUCCUGAGACUCUGAUCACAGGGCUGUGAUCACAAAUACGGGCUGGCUGCGGGGGUGGCAAACAAAAAUGGGGUCAGGUGCAGGCACUAGUAACUGAAUUGCAGUGAGCAGUGAUCGCCUGCAGAGGUGAGAGCAGAAUCUCCUACCAGUUCAGGAGGGGAGGGGCACACUGGGAGCUCAGCAGGGAGCAGGGGCACAUGUCCUCAGCAACCCAUUUCCAAUUCUUUUUUUUCUUUUCUUUUCUGAGAUAGAGUCUCUGUUGCCUAGACUGGAGUACAGUGGCGCGAUCUCAGCUCACUGCAACAUUCACCUCCCAGGUUCAAGUGAUUCUCCCACCUCAGCCUCCCGAGUAGCUGGGACUACAGACAUGCACCACCACACCUGGCUGAUUUUUGUAUUUUUAGUAGAGAUGGGGUUUCACCAUGUUGGCCAGGCUGGUCUCAAACCCCUGACCUCAAGUGAUCUGCCUGGCUCAGCCUCCCAAAGUGCUGGGAUGACAGGUAUGAGCCACCAUGCCUGGCCUCCAUGUCUGAUUUUUAACACUGUCACUUUUUUACAAAACUGAAAAAAAAAAGUCACCCAGAGAGGGGCAGUGGCUUGCCCUAAGUUUGUUUCUUCAUUUAUUCACUCACUGAUAUUAAUUUAAUUUAAUUUAAUUUUUUAAAAGUAGAGACAGGCCGGGCGCGGUGGCUCACGCCUGUAAUCCCAGCACUUGGGGAGGCCGAGGUGGGCAGAUCACGAGAUCGGGAGAUCGAGACCAUCCUGGCUAACACGGUGAAACCCCGUCUCUACUAAAAAUACAAAAAAUUAGCUGGGCGUGAUGGCAGGCACCUGUAGUCCCAGCUACUCGAGAGGCUGAGGCAGGAGAAUGACGUGAAUCCCGAGGCAGAGCUUGCAGUGAGGCGAGAUCACGCCACUGCACUCCAGCCUGGGCGACAGAGCAAGACUCCGUCUCAAAAAAAAAAAAGAAAAAGAAGUAGAGACAGGGGUCUUGCUAUGUUGCCCAGGCUGGUCUUGAACUUCUAGGCUCAAGCCAUCCUCCCUGCCUCAGCUUCCCAAAGUGUUGAGGUCACAGGUGUGAGCCACUGAGCCCGGCCUGCUUUUGGGUGUUUAUUGAGUAUCUGCCCAGCACCAGGCAUGGCAGACUCUGGGGACACCGAGGACCCUGGGCUGACCCAACUGUAUUAACCGGAGGUUUGCGCUCAUGGAGGGAGGGAGGUGGAAGUGACACCAGUGAUCAGUUAUCAAGUGGGUGCAUUGUCACCAUGCAUGCUUGGUUGGGGGCAAGAGCCAAACUCUGGGGGAGCACCCAGCCAAGAAACCUGACAAGGGGUCACGUAUGCUUUGUCCAAGGAGGAGGUGACCCUGAAGGGAGAGCUGUCGGAUGUGCGGGAUGACGGCAGGCAAGCCUUCCAGACAGGAAUGGGGGGUGGGCAGUCAGUGGGGCAGGGGUGUCAGAGGCCAAAGGAAAGCUGGAAGGGCUCUCCCAGCCUGGGGCAACGCUGGUAGCAACUCACUGGUAUUUCCUAUUUCUUCAUGGAUAACUGUGUACACAUUAAAUAGUUAUUAAUAAUUAAUAAAACCAUUUUAUAAUGCCGGUUACAAAA